AUGGGUCCUACGUCUCAACCUCCGGAGGGGGGAGCGGGGUCGUCGCCGGCCGCGACGGCGAACGGCGGACCUCAGCCGAUCAAGCGCCACCUACCUUUCUCAUCUAUGAGGCCGCCAUUCGUACCUACCGACGACUACCACCGGUUCUCCAACCCGGCUGGCGCCGCCACGGAGCUUCGGAAUCAGGAAACUGAAGCUAUUGUUGUUAAGUCUCCAGGAAUGAAGCGAAAAACCAGAACUGUACAUCCUGAAGUUUCAUCUACUGAGUGGGCUGCUAGUCCUGCGAAUUCAAAUACAGUGGGCAGCCCCAUGAGCACUCCUGUGCGUGCAAAAGGAGGAAGGGGAUAUGGUAGAUCGAAGGCGACAAAAGGCAAUGUGUCUGAGCCAUCAACACCUUUAUCCAAUGCGGGUUCUCCAUCUCCUCUUACCCCUGGGGGCAGCUGCCGUUAUGAUAACUCUCUGGGUCUUCUGACAAAGAGAUUCCUCAACUUGUUAACUAGUGCUGAGGAUGGAAACCUGGAUUUGAAUAAAGCAGCUGAAACUUUGGGGGUGCAAAAACGAAGGAUAUAUGACAUAACAAAUGUUCUUGAAGGAAUUAAUCUUAUUGAGAAGAAUUUGAAGAACAGAAUUCACUGGAAGGGGCUUGAUGUAGCGGUACAAGAUGGAAUGGGAAAUGAUGCUUCUCUCUUGAAGGCUGAAAUCGGGAAACUCUCCUUGGAAGAACAGAGAUUAGAUGAUCGCAUCAGAGAAAUGCAACAAAAAUUGAAGAAUUUGAGUGAAGAUUCGGAUAAUCAGAAAUGGCUUUUUGUUACUGAGGAGGAUAUCAAAAGCCGGCCCUGCUUUCAGAAUGAAACCCUUAUAGCCAUUAAAGCUCCUCAUGGAACUACCCUGGAAGUGCCAGAUCCUAAUGAGGCUGUUGAUUAUCCACAAAGGAGAUACAGAAUUAUACUUAGAAGCACAAUGGGGCCCAUUGAUGUUUACCUUGUCAGUCAAUUUGAGGAGAAAUUUGAGGAUGAGAAUAGUGUUGAUCCACCAAUGACAUACCCAGUGUGUUCAAGUUCUGGUUCAAAUGACAAUCCAGCUCUAGAUAUGCCCAUUCACAACUCUAGGCCAGUAGAAGGAUCACAGGCUCAGGAUGCAACUAGAACAAGUUCAAACGUAGAUGCUACACAAGGAGGCAUGAUGAAAAUUGCCCCCUCGGAAGUGGACAAUGAAGCAGAUUACUGGCUUCUAUCAAAUCCAGACAUAAGCAUCACAGACAUGUGGAAGUUUGAUGCUGGUGUUGCAUGGGAUGAUGUAGACUUGUUUCGCGAUGAGUUUGGAAUGGCUGAUAAUAUGAUUGAGCAACCGCAGACUCCACCAUCCGGAGUUGCUGAAGUACCAUUUGCCCCAUCAAAUCAGCCACCUCCAAGGUGA